AUGGGCGUCAUCAUCAUCAUCUCCGGACCAUCUCUCCCCCAACCCGAGCAGGCUUCCCUCUCCGCCGGGGGCGGCGGCGGCGGCGGCGUCAAGCGUGCCUCCGGCCCUCGCAGAGGCUUUGAGCUGCGCUCCGGCUUUCGGCGGCGUCCGCAGGGCUUCCAUGUCCUCCUCCAGCCUCGGUAUGUACUUCUGAACAGCCCGCAGGGCAUCUCUGUACUUGGACUUGUCCAACGCCUGGAGGGGAAGAAGAAGAAGAAGAAGAAGAAGAAGAAGAAGAAGAAGAAGAAGAAGAAGAAGAAGAAGAAGAAGAAGAAGAAGAAGAAGAAGAAGAAGAAGAAGAAGAAGAAGAAGAAGAAGAAGAAGAAGAAGAGAACACAGACAUAG